UUUACUAUAUUGCAUGCCGUAAAAGCGGCAGAGACGCAUACAGUGCAAUUAUCACCAAGUGCUAUUAGGGCAGCCAGAGAUAAAGCAUUGCACCACUUAAUUGCGCUUAACUGCCUUCAUCAUGUCCUCCUUCAUUUAAUUGUUCCUCAAAGCUGUGGCAGACGCGGUUGAGCAAGUGGACAAAAUGAUCCUCGUGGCCGUUCUUGUGGCAUUGCAGGUGACUUGCUCGACGAGUCAGCAGCUCGAGUGCGCGCCGGGCCAAGAAAUCGUGUGUCCGACCAACGAGACGUUCGCCUGGUGCGUGUAUACGCAGCACCAAGACCGCUGCCCUGCAGAGCUCUACUGCGAUCCGUCCCUGUCGUACAUCUGCUCCGAGGACCCGCCACCACAAUCACCACCACCGGCCGCCACGCCUCCGACCGACAUCCCCUCGGACGAUUCUCCUCCCCCGGAGUUUGAAUGUGACGAGGGCGUUGUUUGGAACGACCAAGCAACACCGCCAUCCAUCUGUACCAGGCCCGGACGCUUCCAAGACGCCAGCGACUGCUCCAAAUUCCACGUGUGCUUGGACGGCGGGCUCAACCUGACGCACCUGCAGGUCGAAUGUCCUCAGGGCAGCCACUUCAGCGCCAGGUUGUCCAAGUGCGUCGAACCCGAGCGGGCCAGGUGUUCGCCGCGCUUCCAGGGCUUCGAGUGCCCCGACAUUGGGCCCGUGCAAGACCCUGAAGAUUGCACCGCUUUCAGGAUCUGCCACCCUGACGGCACCUGGAGGCAGUACCAGUGCCCCAAAGGCUCCAACUUCGAUCCGAACAGGUCCAGGUGCUCGACAGACGCGAGUUUGGUUAAUUGCGAGUAUAAAAAACCAGAAAAAUUCCAUUGCCCUGCGAGAGGUCUUUACCCUGACGGAGUUAACUGCAGGAAGUUCUACUACUGCAUUCCUCUGGAGGAUGGCUCUUUUGCUCAGGGCGAGGCCAAGUGUCCGCGUGACUCGGUUUUCAACCCUGAAACCAAAAAGUGCACCGUAGACCUGACCGUGUGUCGCGACGUUGAGAAAUUCUGCAGGUCUCGCCGCCCUGGAAGGUACCCAGCCAUGGAGGGGUGCUCCAGCUUCUUCUGGUGCGGCCCUGACGGUGCCUCGCAAGAGUACACCUGUCCUUACGGCAGCAAUUUUGAUGCAACCAGCGGCAUGUGCAAGUACGAGAGCAGAUCGCAGCAAUGCGAGACGCAACACUCACUUUGCAAACACGAGGGCAGGUUUCCGGACAUUGACAACGAUUGCGUUGGUUUCUUCGUGUGCGUCUCGUCCCAUCAGAGGUGGAAGGUGCAACGGUACCAGUGCCCGGACGACACAAAAUUUGACUAUGCGAAAGGGAGGUGCCGGCCUAAGGAGAAAACGCUUGGGUGUCACCAGGCCGCCGUUUUUUUGUAGUCUAUUAAAACAGCAGAAUCGAUAAAUUAAAUCCUUAAUAAAAUUGACUGAAUUCUA